AUGGAUGUUUUUGGCAUACCAGUAUCUCUAACCUAUAAAGGUGACCCUCAUUUAAAAUCAUUCCCUGGUGGACUUGCUACUUUACUAGUUCGUGCUGGUGUAUUUAUAUAUUUUCUAAUGCAACUAAUACAAGUAUGGUAAAAGUCUACUACUAUCUAAGCAUCGUAAUAUCGUUUAGAUCUCUCUAAGGAUUCUAGGCAGUACAAUCUAACUGAUAAAGAUUUUGACUUUGCAUAUAAAUUAGAAUACAUUUUCUUCUAAUAAGAGCCUGAAGUCUAUCCUUGGGUUAUGAACGCUGCUGGUCGCAGUGUGCAGCAGAAAAUUAGAGUUAAGCAAGACAUUGAAAUUUGCAAAUUCGGCAGAUUGGGGUUAGAGCCUAAUACAAUUGAUUAUUUGAAUGUUGUCAAGAAUUAUUACUGCCCAAAAGAGAUUAACUUUUAACUACAAGGCAGUUACUCAGCAUAGUCAAUCAAGUAAAUUCAAUUGCAAGUCACUUAUUGCAACUAAACUAAUCUUGAUUUGAAAUACAAUAAAACAAAGCAAUUAAAAAUGAAGUAAAUUUGCAAGACUCUUGGCUUUUGA